UAUCAAUGUAUUCUUAUUCGUGAAGUCUAUAUUGACUAUCUUGUUUGACAGCUUGUGAUGAGACCUUGGAUAUGCGGUCCGUCUCCUCCGUGGCAGGUACUACAUACUUAACUAGUAGCUUCAUGUGUUCCGGGAACGGGGUUGUCCGAGUUGCGUCCGGGUGGGGCCGGUGAGAUGAUACGGCAUCUAUAUCAGCAGUAAUGGAUGGGACAAUGCAUUGUAAUGAUGUGGUAGCUACGGCUAUAGUCACCCGGGUAUUUCAAUCUCAUCGUUUUUAUCUAUAGUGGCCUUAGUCCUCUCUUCCUGAACAAAUUCUCUCUCCAGCUAACCUCUAAUCACGUUUAUUCUCAUCUUUAUAUCAUGGUCUCCACGGUAAAAUCAUUCUUUGGCUAUGGAGGCCUCAAUAUAGGAGAGGAAAGCUCUCCUAUAACCCCAGAAUCAAGUGACGCACAACUGAGAGCUCUGCCAGCCUCUUGGUACCGCUCUCCGCAGAUGUAUGAGCUGGAGAGACGCGCCAUAUUUUCCAAGAAAUGGUUGUUCAUCACGCAUAAAUUGAGAUUCACCAAGCCGGGAGAUUUCCUUCGAUUUGAAGAAGCAGGCUUUUCUUUUGUCCUCUGUCUUGAUCGCGAUGGCAACCUGAAUGGUUUCCACAACGUCUGUCGCCAUCGGGCGUAUCCAGUCGUGACUGAAGACCAAGGGAACGCUAGAAUCUUUGCUUGCAAGUACCACGGCUGGUCAUAUGGGAUAAAUGGAAAGCUUGCGAAAGCUCCUCGAUUUGAAGACGUCCCAGGCUUCCAAAGGGAGAACCACGGACUUUUGCCAAUCCAUGUUCAUGUCGAUGCUUGCGGUUUCGUCUGGGUGAACCUAGACGCAUCAUCAACACCGACUGUUGCAUGGAAUGAUGAUUUUAUUGGGGUGGAUAGACAAGAGAGGUUCCGGAAUUUCGAUUUCAGCCAGUACAGAUUCGAUCACACGUGGGAGAUGAAAGGCGACUAUAACUGGAAAACCCUCGCCGACAAUUACAAUGAGUGCUACCAUUGCACAGUUGCACAUCCAGAUGUUGCGAAUAUAGCGGAUCUCUCGUACUAUUAUGUCGAACCCAAAGGCGGGCAUAUCCAGCACUUCUCCAGACCGAAAGCUGGUAUUAAAGAGUCCGAGGACGUCAAGGUCGCCAGCACCUAUUAUUUCCCAAAUUCCUGCAUGACUGUUUCACCGCAUUUCUUCUAUCUCAUGCGAUGUGUUCCCACGUCAGUGACAACUGUUUCGAUGGAGUAUGAAGUGUAUCGUCAUAAGGACGCUACUGAUGAAGAAUUCGAGCACGUCGAUUCAUUCUUCAAGCGCGUGCUGAAUGAAGAUAAGAUCUUGUGCAACAACACACAGAGAAAUUUAAAGGCAGGGGUUUUCGUUAACGGGCAGCUUCAUCCUGAAUUAGAAAAGGGUCCUCUAUAUUUUCAGAGCGUCGUUCGAAAAGUUGUGAAAGAGCAUCGGGAAAAGGAGGCAGCAGAGAACCGGGAAAUCUGGCCGGCUAGUCAACCCUUGGCAGGACUGCAAGCUACUGAUGAAGAUAUCGCGUUUUGCUCCGGCCUUGCUUGUGAGCCAGAGAAAGCUGCGCAGCUGGCCUGGUAGCCACGAAGUCGAAUAAUAAAAUCUGUUGUGCUUGGUAACAUAUCGACCGUCAAGGACUUUUAAUCACAUUUAUAACUGGUUUCUCAUAGCCUGGAG